CUUUCAGCCCUUAAUGCUUUCCAGUUAUUUUUGAUUCUUAUAGAAAGCAUCUGCCUGUUAAAACCAAAUGAGAAAAAAGAGAAAAAAUAAAAAAGAAGGGUCUUGUUUUAUUCUGCCAUUAGGUAAGCCUGACAGUAAGCUGAUCGUGAUCUAAAAGCUUGCAUUCUGUUGUUGAUAUUCAGAUACUAGAAUCUGAUAGAUUAAUCAGAUUCAACAAAGAAUGAAUAUUUUAAAAUACUGUGAGAUAAAGACUUCUUAAACUCAGAUACAAGGCACAUAAUGAAUCAGUUCAAGUUAAUGUCUUUAGAACAGAAAACUUAUGUGGCUUUAAGGUAAACUAAACAGAUCAUGAGAAUUGCACUGCUGAUUUAAUGGGAGAUAUGAAGAAAACUGUUGUAUAUGAAUACCUUCUAAACACAUAAGUUUCACACAAACAUGAGAAAACACAUUUACAUAGCCUUAAAUAUGAAUUUGUAAUGCACAAAAUGGACAUUUUCUCCUUUUUUUAGAUAUAUCAAAAGCAGGAGCAUUCUUCAAAAUUGUAGACCAAAGUUGUCUAUUGCAUUUAGCCAUGAAGAUGUGAGACAGGCUACCAGAGGUAGAAUCCCUGCUGUCUAUAAUGCUGAAACUGAGUAAGAGGAAAGCUGGUAAUGUAUGAAGGGGAGUGUGGCGCAUCCAUGUAAGGUGCUAUUAAUAUUUCUAUUGUGGUAUAAGGGUCUUUUAUAUAAAGGUCAUUUCUUGCAAAGUUUGACUAAUAUAUCAUGCUUAUCACCUAUUUCAUUUUUAUCAGAUUUAUUUAUUCCUAAUAAAAAAUAUAAAGCCACAAAGUAUUGUUUUUAUUUGUGAAUUUUAUGCAGGCAAUCCUGUACAGGUGACUGAAACUCUUUCUUCAUGCCUUAAAGAACAUACUGUACUCAAGGCUACCAAAAGAACACAGCCUAAUGUCUACUUUCCUACAAGUAUAUUAUUGAAAAAGAUACCGACAGACUUGUUCUCCUUUUAUCCUCCCCAAGGGCUAUUUGAAGAAAUAGAAUGUUAAAUAUGUUUCAUGAUUGGAACCAUGAAAAGGGAAAGCAAUGAGUCACAGAAAAUCCUUGAAAACACCAAAUAAUUGAGGAAUACUUCAGUGUUUGUAAAGUGCAAAACUCCUUCAGUGACAAGUAUUUAUAUCAGAUUCCUGCAGGCAAAUCUGAACAUGUAAAGGACCAUGGCUGAAACUGCAGUUUGCCUGGGAACAUUCAGUGCUGUGAAGACACUCUGGGAAGUGAGAAUACACAAGAUAAAUGAAGAAUUACAGAAAGAAAAGGAAUUCAGGCAGAGGUCUGCAGGAAGGCUACUUCUUGUCUGGGAGGAGAGAGCUGCUUUAGCAAAGCUCAAAGAAAAAGUUAUUAAUGAAGGUGGAAGAGCAAUUUUAAGGAUAGAGGAAGAAGAAUGGAAGACAUUACCUUCAUGCUUAUUGAAACUAAUCCAUCUCCAGGAAUGGCAGCUUCACAGAACUAGUUUGCAGAAAAUUCCUCAAUUUAUUGGAAGAUUUCACAGCCUUGUUGUUCUGGAUCUAUCCCGGAACUCAAUUGAAAGUGUACCUAAAGAAAUUGGCCAGCUGACCAGUCUCCAAGAGCUGCUUCUCAGUUACAACAGAAUAAAAUCUGUUCCUAAGGAAAUAAGUAACUGCAUCAGUCUGGAAAGAUUGGAACUGGCUGUCAACAGAAGCAUCUGUGAUCUUCCUCCUCAGCUCAGCGACUUAAAGAAGCUGUCACACAUAGAUUUAUGCAUGAAUCAGUUUACUGCCAUCCCUUCAGCUCUCCUCAACAUGCCCAAUCUAGAAUGGUUAGAUAUGGGGGGAAACAAACUCCAGCAGCUUCCUGAUGCAAUUGACAGAAUGGAAAACCUCCACACUUUAUGGCUCCAAAGGAAUGAAAUAAACUAUUUGCCAGAAACUAUUGGUAAUAUGAAAAAUCUUAAUACUCUUGUUCUUAGCAACAACAAACUUAAGAAUAUUCCAGCUUGUAUGAAAGACUUGACAAAUCUGAGAUUUGUCAACUUCAGAGACAACCCACUGGAGCUAGAGGUAACACUCCCUCCAUGUGAGAACACAGAUGAGGAGGAGCAACAGGAAAUGUUUGGCAUUGACUUCAUGCACAUGUAUAUCCAGGAGUCACUCAAGAAAACAGGAAAUGUGGAAAGUUGUACUUCUGGUUCUCCUGCUGUCAUGAAUCCUACUGAAUAAAGAAUGUAACUGUGAAUGAAAAAA